AUGGUGGGCAUCUGGAGGGCCGAAACAGACGGUCCCGGUGAGCCAUUCGGAUCUGUAGGCGUUGGCUCGCCGGAGCUCGCCGGUAGCUCGCGAUCGGGCCGAGAAGCACUGUCCUCCCUCGAGUCGGUCAGACUGAGCGGCGUCUUACCCGGUUCGUCAGACCAAUCGACAUCAAAUGGUCAGGCGGUUGGUGGGGCGUUGCUAGUCCCGGGGGUACCAGCAGCCCCCGGGGCUGAAGAAAUAUCCUCGCGCCGGUUGAACCUCUGCUUCAAGUAUGCUUGGGCCCCGCACCUCCAUCGUUGGAGGCUGCCUCAUCACUUCUUUUCUGGGCCCGAAGUCGGCGAAGACGGUGAGAAAAGCCCAAUUUCGUCCCGACAAGUGUUGGCCAGCAAACUGGCCAACUGUAAACUGCCAAAAGGAUUAGCCUAUGCCGAGUGGGCUUCUACGCCAUAUUCUGUCUAUGGCCCCACCAGCUCGCGGCGCGACAACCUCUUCCAGGUUUCCACAACACAAUUACACUUUGGCGACCCUCUACACCGACUGCAUCAGUGUUCUAAGUGCUCCGCUUUUUAA